AUGCGCCCAAUCUUCACGCAGAUCUUUGGAAAAGCACAGGCAUUUCUCACGAAACCGAGUAUGGCAUCAAGAGUCACUGCGCCCGCACCAUGGAUUACAGGCAGUCAGCAAUGCACCCUCGACACAUGUCCCAUAUCACUCGCACACAUCACAUACCUGCCCAACCUUGCCGGAAACGCAUUCUACGUCGCUCUCUUUGCGUUUCUCAUCCUCAGCCAGCUUGCCAUCGGAAUCCGCACUCGGACAUGGUCGUUUAUGGGUAGUACGGUCUGCGGCCUGAUCCUCGAGGUACUGGGAUACGCAGCACGCAUCAAGAUGCGGAGCAACCCUUUCAUCGAUAGGUGGUUUACAAUGUACAUUGUCUGCCUAACCAUCGCCCCCGCCUUCCUCAGCGCAGCAAUCUACGUCUCCCUCGCGCGCAUCGUCGCCGUCUACACCACGAGUGUCUCAAGAAUAAAGCAGCGAAGCUACUCUAUCAUCUUUGUCGCGUGUGAUAUUGUCUCGCUGCUUCUCCAGGCAGCUGGCGGCGCGAUUACAACGUCCGACGAGGCUUCUACCAUACAAGCUGGAAUCAACAUCAUGCUUGCGGGGCUUGCGGCGCAGGUUGCAUCGCUGACACUCUACCUGGGGAUAUGUCUGGAUUUGGCUUGGCGGAUAUAUCGGCUCUCGUUCCGGACAAAGGGCACCGGAUCACCGGGGACGGAUUCAGUUGAGAAUAAUGGCUUCGCGCUGUAUCCCGAUUUUGCGGGCCUCCGCGCUUCAAGGAGCUGGGGCUCGUUCUUGGUCCUUCAGGGUCUCGCAACGAUAUGCAUCUACGUCCGCAGCGUCUUCCGAGUCGCCGAGUUGAGUGGCGGAUUCGAUAGUCAUCUGGCGAACGACGAGGUUACCUUUAUGGCUCUGGAAGGCGCGAUGAUUUCCCUCGCGGCGAUAGCGUUGAGUACAUGGGGCCAUCCGGGAAUUGGCUUUCAGGGACGGUGGUCGGAGUUGGAUUAUGCGAUGUUUUCGAGGACGCGCAAGUAA